UUGCAUAGUUUAUGAUGGAAAUCAUGUACUGUGAUUCUCAUAAUUUUAUGAUACAGUUCAUAUCGUCCUUGUGUCCGUUCCCUGCAUAACAUUGUAUCGACUGCAUAUAACACUUGCAAUUUUAAUCCUGAGGUUGUUUCUGUCGUACCAGAAAUAAGUCAUUCACUCUUUCAGUUCCAAGAAAAAACAACAUCAUGAAUUUCAAAAUUCCCACCAGCAGUUACUUUGUAAAUGUGAAGUACACAUAUUAAAGGUUAGGUUCUUGAAAUUUCGUCACAUGGUCAACUUCGUUUGCAUUUAAUUAUUGACGACGCAGGUCGGCUUACAAGGCGGUGGAGAAAGUUGAGGUUCGCAUCGAUCUGGGAACAAGGUUUUUCUUUGAAAAAAAAUGGUAUCCUUGAAUCCAGUUAGAAUCUUGAAGCAUGAGGCUGAGGAGGAUAAAGCAGAAACAGCUCGGCUGUCAAGUUUUGUUGGAGCUAUAGCCAUUGGGGAUUUAGUGAAGAGUACUUUGGGUCCUAAAGGCAUGGACAAGAUCCUUGUAUCUCAUGGGCGGAAUGAGGGCCAGGUGGUGAUUACUAAUGAUGGAGCUACUAUUUUGAAGGCAGUUGGUAUAGAUAAUCCAGCAUCAAAAAUCCUUGUGGAUAUUUCACGUGUGCAGGAUGAUGAAGUUGGAGAUGGAACAACCUCUGUUACUGUUCUUGCUGCAGAAUUACUUCGAGAAGCAGAGAAGUUGAUAGACCAGAAGAUUCAUCCACAAAUCAUUAUAGCUGGUUGGAGAAAAGCAACACAGGUAGCACGUGAUGCCUUAACUGCUACAUCCAUGGAUAAUAGUGCUGACAGUGCACAGUUUCAUGAAGACCUCAUGAACAUUGCUCGCACUACCUUGAGCUCCAAGAUCUUAUCACAGCAUAAGGAGUACUUCUCUAAGUUAGCUGUGGAUGCAGUGCUGCGACUCAAGGGAUCGGGAAAUCUUUCUGCUAUCCAAAUCAUAAAAAAAACUGGAGGCACAUUGGAAGAUUCUUUCCUUGAUGAAGGUUUCCUUCUGGAUAAGAAGAUUGGAGUGCACCAGCCUAAAUGUGUGGAGAAUGCUCGCAUUCUAAUAGCAAAUACUCCUAUGGAUACUGACAAAAUCAAGGUUUUUGGAUCUCGUGUAAGGGUCGACUCAAUGGCUAAAAUAGCUGAACUGGAGCUGGCUGAGAAGGAGAAGAUGCGAGACAAAGUCAACAAAAUCCUUAAACAUAAUGUGAAUGUAUUUAUUAAUAGACAGUUGAUCUACAACUACCCAGAGCAGUUAUUUGCCGAUGCUGGUGUUAUGGCCAUUGAACAUGCUGACUUUGAUGGUAUUGAACGCUUGGCUCUUGUUACUGGAGGAGAAAUUGUCUCUACAUUUGAUAACCCUGAGCUUGUGAAGCUUGGGCUUUGUGAUGUGAUUGAACAGAUUAUGAUUGGUGAGGACACACUCCUUCGUUUUGGUGGUGUGGCAUUGGGUGAAGCUUGCACAAUUGUGAUUAGAGGUGCCACCCAGCAGAUCAUUGAUGAAGCUGAGCGUUCUCUUCAUGAUGCUCUGUGCGUGCUGGCCGCAACUGUUAGGGAGACUCGUAUUGUUUACGGAGGAGGCUGCAGUGAGAUGCUUAUGGCUUGUGCUGUGCAGUCAGAGGCAGCAAAGACACCAGGAAAAGAUUCUGUAGCCAUGGAGUCAUUUGCUAAGGCUUUGCAGACAUUACCAACAACAAUUGCAGAUAAUGCUGGCUAUGACUCUGCGCAGUUGGUUAGCGAGUUGCGUGCCGCCCACAGCCAGGGAUUCAACAACAUGGGGCUUAAUAUGGAUGUGGGAAAAAUUGGGUGUAUGAAGGAACUUGGAAUCACAGAAUCAUUUGUUGUCAAGAGACAGGUACUCUUGUCAGCAGUAGAAGCAGCAGAAAUGAUUUUGCGUGUUGACAGUAUAAUAACGUCAGCACCAAGGAAGCGCACUGAAGACCGAGGCCAUUGUUAAGUGAUCUUGAAUUUUCAACAAUAUGAAACACAAUAAAUAUUUGUUACGUUUCUAAUAUUGUUUCUGUCACUUCAUUUGAUGCUACUUACUAUAUGAAGAGCCUCAGUUGUAACCUCAUACAUUCUGACUACUGUCUGCAUUAUGACCUUAAAUAAGCUAAUAAUAAUUUGAACUAAACUUUUUUGUUUCAGAUUUUGAUUUUGUAUGCUUUUUUUUUUGUAACUUUU